AUGGGACUUUGUGCUUCCAAGUUGAGCGAAAAUGAUCGAGAAGCAAUGGUUAAGUCACGCGAUAUUGAAGCUAAGAAUGAGGAAGCUCACCGUGUUGAGCAAGAGAAGGUGAAAUUGCUGCUGCUUGGUGCAGGAGAGUCAGGCAAGAGCACGGUGUUUAAACAGAUGAAGAUUUUGUUUGGCGCAGCUUUAACUGAAGAUGAGAAGCGACACUGUACGCCGAUAAUCUACAAUAAUGUAGUGACAUCCAUGAAGAUGUUGAUUGAGCAGUGCAACGAAAUGAAAUUGAAAGGCGAAGUGGCGUGCGUACAGGAUUUUGAGGAUAUACGCACGCUGAGUGAUGAGGCAGAAGUUAACCCUGUGAUAGGUCAGAAAAUAAAAAACUUGUGGAUGGAUCCUGGAAUUGUUGCCACCUGGAACCGUCGAGCCGAAUUUCAAAUCAUCGAGUCGGUUAAGUACUACUUUAAUGACCUCGAUCGUAUCAUGCGAGAUGAUUAUGCAGCAACACAGCAGGAUAUGCUUUACGCUCGUGUGCGUACAUCCGGUAUUGUCGAAGAAAGGUAUCAGAUUGAUGGUGCUACAUUUGUGAUGUACGAUGUUGGUGGACAGCGCAAUGAGCGAAAAAAAUGGAUUCACUGCUUUGAGGACGUGACUGCAGUGAUAUUUGUUGCUGCGCUAAGUGAGUACGAUCAAUCUUUGUACGAGGACGCUUCAACGAAUCGUAUGAUUGAGGCAAUCACCUUAUUUGACGAGAUUAUAAACAACAAGUUCUUUUCGAACUCUGCGAUGAUUUUAUUUUUGAAUAAAAAGGACCUGUUUCAGGACAAAAUCAAGAAAGUGGAUCCCAAGACUGUAGACGUCUUCAAGGAUUUUCCCGGUGGCAUUGGCGAUUAUGACUUGGGUGUCCAGUACUUUCUAGGAAAGUUUAUGGAAACAAAUCGCCAGCCUGAGAAGGAGGUUUAUCACCACGUGACGUGUGCUACUGAUUCGCAAAAUGUCCAAGUUGUGUUUAAUGCCUGCAAAGAUAUUAUUUUGAAGCAGAAUAUUAAAGGAUCUGGCUUCAUGUAG